CGGGGUGGGUGGGUGGAUGCAUGUAGUGCACGCCGCGGCAUCACAGACGGUGGGUGGUACGAGGGGCGUCUGUCUGCAAGAAGAAUAAGAAGGUCGUGAGUCCUGCCUCCUCCGCUCCCUCUCCCUCUCUCUCGCUUCUCAACCUCGCCUCGCCCCGUCUCGACUGACGUUCAUUACCCUCUUCUUCUUCUUUCCUCUCCUUCAUUCCUCGCAGCUGUAGCAGUCACUCUUUUUGCAAUCCGCACAGCAUGCAUUCGUCUUUCCUCUUUGCAGCCUUCCUGGCUGCCGUCACUCCUUCACUCGCGCAGAACGGGCACUAUGAGCCCGAGCAGGAUUGGAUUCCCGAAGUUCAACAGGACGUACAACACGCCCUGACCGAGUUUGCCCCGUACACCGCAUUCAAGGGCCUUCCUGGUGUCAAAAUCGACGCAAAACUCAACGUCCCCUUCAGCCAGGCACAAGCUGCCAGCCCUCAGUGCAAUUACUGGCUUGAGAACAUCACUCACCAGGGCAUUGCCGCGUUCAAUUCGAAUCCCUCCACGUACCAGGUCUUCCGCAACGUCAAGGACUUCGGCGCCAAGGGCGAUGGGGUUACCGACGACACCAAGGCCAUCAACUUGGCCAUCUCCUCCGGCAACCGCUGCGCGCCUGGCAGCUGCAGCUCCUCCACCACCCAACCCGCCCUCGUCUACUUCCCUGCUGGAACGUACAUGAUCAGCUCGUCUAUCGUCGACUACUACUACACCCAGCUCAUCGGCAAUCCCAACUGCGUCCCCACCAUUCGCGCCUUCUCCACCUUCAACGCCCCCGCCGGCUACAUCGGCUUGAUCGACGGAGAUCCAUAUGUAGGCGCCGGUGGCUCUUUGGCUUAUGGCUCGACCAACGUCUUCUGGCGACAAAUCCGGAACUUCAUCAUCGAUAUGACGCUGCUUCCCCCACAAGCCUCUGUGACGGGCAUCCAUUGGCCGACGGGACAAGCCACCAGCAUCCAGAAUGUCGUCUUCAACAUGAACGCCAACAAGGGCACGCUGCAUCAAGGCAUCUACAUCGAAUCGGGAAGUGGAGGCUUCAUGACCGAUCUCGUCUUCAACGGAGGCCGGUAUGGCGGCAACUUCGGCAACCAACAGUUUACCAUGCGCAACAUGACCUUCAACGGCGUCGUGACUGCCAUUAACCAAAUCUGGGACUGGGGCUGGACUUACUACGGUCUCAAUAUCAACAACUGCACGUUGGGCCUGAACAUGUCCACGGUCGGCGCGAACGGACUCUCGGUGGGCAGCGUUACCCUCUUCGAUUCUACGGUGUCCAACACUCCCGUCUUCGUUCGAACCGGCUAUGUCCAGGGCAGCUCGAGCCCUCCCACGGCCAACUCCCUGAUCUUGGAGAACAUCUCUCUCAACAACGUUCCGGUUGCCGUGCAAGGCGGAAACGGCAAGACGGCCCUGGCUGGAACUCCGACCAACACCAAGAUUUCGGCCUGGGGUGAAGGGCACGAAUACACGCCCAACGGUCCCACGACCUUCCAAAGCAACAUCUCUCCCGUCAACCGCCCAUCUGCCUUGUUGGGAUCGAACGGCAACUACUAUGUGCAAUCCAAGCCCCAGUACGCUUCCUACCCGGUGUCCAGCUUCAUCAGCGCGCGCAGCGCCGGCGCCACUGGAAACGGCAAGACGGACGACACCGCCGCUCUCCAAAAGGCAAUCAACUCCGCCGUGGCCCAGAACAAGAUCUUGUUCGUUGACGCCGGCGACUACAUCGUCACUAGCACCCUCCUCUUCCCUCCCGGCCUAAACAUUGUGGGCGAGAGCUACUCGGUCAUUCUUUCCCGUGGAUCAUUUUUCAAUAACAUGAACAACCCGCAGCCCAUCGUGCAAAUUGGCAAUCCCGGGCAGACUGGAUCCAUCCAGUGGAGUGAUAUGAUCGUGUCCACCCAAGGACAGCAGCAAGGCGCAAUCCUCUUCCAAUACAACCUCAACUCUGCAGGGUCCUCUUCAUCGUCAUGGGGAAGCUCGUCGUCAGGCGGCGUCUCGGGGAUCUGGGAUGUGCAUGCGCGCAUCGGCGGCUUCGCCGGCUCCAACCUCCAGGCCGCCAACUGCCCCAUCACGCCAAAAACAACGGUCACCGCUAGCAACCUCAACAAGAACUGCAUCGCCGCCUUCCUCACCCUCCACAUCACGGAGCAGAGCUCGGGCCUGUACCUUGAGAACAACUGGCUUUGGACCGCGGACCACGACGCCGACAGCCAGGCCGAGACGCAAAUCACCGUCUACUCCGGCCGCGGCCUGUUGGAUGAAAGCGCCGGCCCCGUCUGGCUAGUAGGCGGCGCGGUGGAACACCACACCCUCUACCAAUACCAAUUCGUCAACGCGUCGACCGUCUUCGCCGGCCAAAUCCAGACCGAGACGCCGUACUACCAGCCCAACCCGUCCGCGCCUACCCCGUGGACCUACAACGCGACGUACUCCGACCCGAAGUUCGCGAAAGCCACAAUCACCGCCAACGGCUACACUAUCCCCAAUGCCGACGCGUGGGGCCUGCGCAUCGUCAGCUCCGACAACAUCCUCAUCUACGGCGCGGGGUUCUACAGUUUCUUUAACAACUACAGCACCACUUGCUCCGCUCAGGGGAAUGGCGAGAUCUGCCAGAGCGAGAUUUUCCAGCUGCAGGGAAGCAACAGCAACAUCAAUGUUUACAAUGAGAAUACUGUCGGAACGCACUACCAAAUCACCACGGGUAACACGCAAACUGCGUACUACAACGAUAACUUGGAUGGGUUCGUCGACACGAUUGCGUUGUACCGCACCUCCUGAACUUGAGGGAUGCGUAACUCUGUGGUUGUAUUCGUAGCGUGAAAAGUAUUUCGUAUCUUUUUUCUUGGCCAU